AUUAUUCUUGAGGAUAUCAAUGACAACACACCCACAUUCCAAGAAACAGAAGUCAAUAUCACCCUUGCAGAAUCAGUUGAUGAAAGUCAGGAAAUUCUCUUGGAUGGUGCCAGAGAUCCUGAUGUUGGAUUAAAUACUGUCCAAUCCUAUGAACUUGUUCCUGAUAAUGGUAUGUUUGAAUUGAAUGUCAUGAAUAACCAAGAUGGCCAAGCUGAUCUGGGACUUAUUGUCAAGCAUCAAUUGGAUCGUGAAACUAAAAGUACAUUCAAUGUGGAAAUUAUUGCUAAAGAUGGUGGUACUCCUCCUAAAACUGGAACUGCCAGAAUUCAAAUCUUUGUUCAGGAUGUAAAUGACAAUCCACCACAAUUUGUUAGUAAACUGUUUGAAGAAACUGUGAAGGAAAGUGUUCCACUAUUUGCACCUAUUUUACGUUUGGUGGCAACUGAUUCCGACUCGGGAGUAAACAGCGAACUUUCUUAUUCAUUCACCAGUAGAACUCCUGCUAGCAUUAAGGAGUAUAUCAAAAUUGAUGAGGCUACUGGCGACGUAAUUCCUAUCAAACAGUUUGAUUAUGAAAGUGAAAAUUUGUUUAGAUUUUUUGUGCAGGUUGAUGAUAAAGGAACACCAUCCAAAAAAGAUCAAGCAGAAGUCAAAAUAUUCAUAGAGGAUGUCAAUGACAAUGGUCCAACAGUCAACAUUAACCUUCCUCCCAGUGGCACCCAGUUGCUGGAAGAUGCUGAUAUCGGAAGCUUCAUAGCUCAUGUGUCUGUGUCUGACAAUGAUGCUGGAUCUAAUGGUGCCAUCUCAUGUAAUAUUCCAGAUGGACAUUUUUUACUCAAUAAAUUUUCUGAUAGUUCUUACAACUAUAAAAUAGUUUUGAAGGAAUCUCUGGAUUUUGAAAAAUCAGCUAAACACUUGAUCAAUGUAACAUGUCAUGAUGAAGGUGUCCCAGUGAAAUAUGGUUCAUCUAGUUUUACCCUGACCGUCAGUGAUGUCAAUGACAAUCGCCCAGUCUUCCAGAAUCCUGAAUAUAUCUUGACCUUCAUGGAAAACAACAAUGUUGGUGACACAGUUUUUAAAAUUUCUGCAGAUGACAAAGACAGUGGAUUAAACGCUAAAGUUUCGUACGAAAAACUUGAUGAUCCAGACAUGUUAUUUUCAUUAGAAUCCAACACUGGAUUGGUCAAGGCUAAUAAAAUAUUUGAUCGAGAAAUAACUAAAAGUGCUACAUUUAAAGUUCGAGCUAAAGAUUUUGGAAAUCCACCUUUAACUUCAACUGUCAAUGUUCUAGUGCUAAUUGGAGAUGAGAAUGACAAUGCUCCGAAGUUCAGUCAGCCUCAUUUCAGUUAUUCUGUGUUGGAAAAUAAACCAAUUGGAACAAGUAUUAGCAUGUUAAAUGUUACUGACUUAGACAGUGACGCUAAUUCAAAAUUAUUAUUUACUUUAACUGGAAAUCCAAGAGUUGAGGAUUAUUUUUCUAUUGAUUCUACGACUGGAUUGAUCAGAACUGCCAAAGUUUUCAAUCGUGAGAAAGAAAGUAAGUUUGAAAUGUCAAUACACGUUGAAGAUGCUGGAAACCGUAAUUUUAAAGAUGAUACUGAGGUUACGAUUUAUAUCUUGGAUGAAAAUGACAAUAACCCAAUUAUUAAUUAUCCCAACGCUAAUAAUAACACCAUCUAUGUUCCAUAUACUAAACCUGCUGGAACAAUAGCUGCUAUUAUUGAAGCUCAUGACCUUGACAUUGAUGACAAUGGGGAACUGACGUACAACAUUCAACAAGGUAACAAGAACAAGGUUUUCUUCAUGAAUCCUCGUUCAGGAGAAAUUGUUAUCUCGCGAACACUAAGUCUGGAAGAUUCCAUGGAGUAUCGUUUGAUGAUUGCUGUUCAAGACAAUGGU